CUUACCAAAUAGACGAUUCUGCCCCCAACUUAUUCCUAAUCCUUUAAAAUAAUCUGACCAUUUUUUCGCCAUAGUCAGUCUGCUGCUCGCACGAAUUUAGGGUGAUGGUAUUUGAAUUUUAGGACGUUAAAUCAGUAACUCUCCACAUUAAAUCCAAAUAAGGCUCUGAAAAUAUUUUUGAGAAUUUUAAAAAUUAAGGGAAGACGUAAGACACAUAACUCUCAAAGUGUUGGUUAGCAUACUGGGUCCUUAGGGCCGUUUGCUUCAUGGAUUUAAAAUAAGAAUUUGUGCUUUAAAAAUCCAAGAUUUUAUUAAGGAUUUGAGGUAUUGUGGAUUUGAAACAAUCCUUUAUUUGUUGAGAUAUUUAAAUCAUGAAUUUAAGGAUUUGGAAUUUAGAACCUAAAGUGCAAAAUAGACUUGCUAUCCUUUUUUAUUUGUUUGUCAUGUUUAUGAUAUGUACACAAUCAAGAACAAUAUGUACUAAUAAGCAUAAUGUUGCCAUAAAGACAAUAAUACAUAGAGAAAUUUCGUUUAACUUUAACAUAAUAUAUAUAUCGGUUAUCAAUUCCUUGUCCACCGUUUCAAACGUAUCAUAUAGUACCAUAUAUUAGAGCGAGAAGAGCAAAGAAUUUCACACUUCAUGAAAAGAUUAAAGGGAACUAGAAUACAAGGAAGGACAGAAAAUCUAACUCAUGUAAACACAUUACUUGAAUAAUUAUAAUAUGGAUUUGUUGUUAAUUAAUUGAGUAAUUGUAAUGUACAAUAGCUAAAGGUAAGGAUAACCUUGGAGUAUUAAAAUUUCAUGAGGUUAUAUGGGUAAACUCCCAAGAGCAAAAUUUCGAGUCGCACGCAUAGAAUAAAUGUAUGCCAAAAGGAAACUAGUGCCCGACACUAGCUAUGUAGUUGGCUGCAAAAUUACUUUCCCUAUAAACAUGAGAUAUUCUAACAUCCCAAUCUAUAUUCAGUAGGUCAUUAAUUUACUUGGUUAGCAAACCAUGUAUGUGGUCAUCCUCUUCCGAAUUUUUUAUAAUGUUAAUGGCAGUGGUGGAGUCAAGGCCUAGGUGGACCUUCUUGAAUCCCAUGUUCCACGCCAUAGAUAAUCCUUUUGUCGCUCCUUUGAGCUCGACACUAGUGAUGGAACACACGUCGAGAUUGCUGACAAAGGCACCUCUGCAAUGUCCCAAGUGAUCACGAAGAAGCCUGCCAGCUGCUGCUAAUCCUCAAGGUGGGAUAACUCAGUCUUCGGUUUGAAGUUGGAUCCACGUUUUAUCUGGCGGGCACCAUGAAACUUGUUUGUUGACUGGGCGUCUAACUGCUGAUGUUGUGAUACUUUCCUCAUUGUUUUUAGCCUUCUCAUAAAUCUUGAACCAUGAAAUGAUUCUCGGUAAAAGGACCGCUUCAGAAUAAGGUUGACCCUCCAUGGCCUCUUCGUUUCUCUGUUUCCACAAAUGCCAAAUUCAAUCCCUUUGUCAGCAUCUUUGAGGUUCCUUUGGAGCCAAAUCUUAAAGUCUUCUUGUUCUCCUUGUCAAGUAUCCAUUCUGGGCUUUCAUACACUCCUCUACAGUGUGGACAACUGCUAUCUGUGGUGAGAGUUCUCUUCACACUAGUAACUGGUUUAGUGGAUUCAGACUCUUCAUUCUCCUUAUCAGAAUCUUCCAUAUCUUCAUCACUUCCUUCCCAAAAUAUUUGAGUGAAACUAGUUGAACUUAUAAGUCCCAAGUCCAACUUUUAUUCUAAUCAAACCCGCGUCCCUGCUAAUAACAAUCUUCUUGUAACGAACUUCGCAAUGCAUCAACUGAUAAUGUGUCUAUAUCUUUAGACUCCUCAAUUGAGCAUACAAUAUAGUCAAACCUCACAGUGAGAGUCUUGGGAAUCUUUUCUACAACCUUGUCAUCAGGCAUCUCUUCACGAUAAUUUCUCCUUGCAUUUGACACAAUCAUAACUCGACCAAAAUAAUCAUUUAUCAUUUCACCUUGCUUCAUUUCCAGGAGUUCAAAGUCCCUUCUGAGCUUCUAGAGCUUAGCUUUCUUGACUCAAGCAUCACCUUGGUACUUCUACUUCAUGGGGUCCCAUAAGCCAUAACUCCAUAGCAAUACUCUUCGUGGAGAUAGUAUUAGUAUCUCCAGGUGAUAGUUCUUUGCCUUGAGGUCUUUAAUUAUGAGAUCCUCCAAGACCUUACUCUUCGCAGCAGAAAGUUCAGUUCCAGGAGUUGGUUGGUUCCUGGAAGCCAUCAACAACAAUCAAACAACACUUGGCUGAGCUCAACUGGUUCUCCAUAAUGAGACUCCACGCGAUUAUAAUUGCCAUCGAACCUUGGCAAUCCCACCUGAGCAAGUCCAGAUUCGCUCAUCCUCACUCAGUAUCCUUACCCUCACUCAAUCUGUUGUGUUUGCACUCACCCUGAAACACUAUCCUCACCUCACACACUCUUACUCGCCGAUAGUAGUUUGCGUGUAGGCUCUGAUACCACAAUGUAAUAUGUAUUGCCUUGCAAACCUGAUGUUUUAUCGAAGAAGCAAAAACAAACUUAAUACGUCUAGCUCUAACUAAUGACUACUACAAACAAGCCACUAAUCACUAUUGCUCGGCCUACAAAGCAGUAAGCAAGGAGAUGCCUCAACUGUCACACUCCUAAAGUCCAUCAACUACUAACAACUCAACUAAGCAACAACUAACUCUCUACUAAUCUAACCGGGCUUGUUAUUGGCUCAUUGACCAUGGGCCCAACUCGAAGCCCAAACUAACAAGUCCAACACAAAGAAGCCACUAAUAUCCCUAUUGCUUGUUAAUGUCUAUUCUAUUGUCUUCUCUUCGUCUCAGGUAGUGCCAAAUUUGGAGCAAGAACCGGACCGCUAAAAUCGCCGUAUUCGGAUCAGUAGGACAAACUAAUAUCGUCUCGCGCGCAGCUUCGGCCAAUCCUACCGUCGAUAAUGGCGAGGUAACUCAUGCGCUUUGUUCUUUUUCCCCCCUUUCCUUGUGCUUUUACAUAAACCAUGAUAAACCCGCCCCACCCACCUUCCACUGAGACCAAAUCAUUCCUCUCCCUGCCUCGUUCCCAGCCUCAGGUGUCUCUCGCUCUCUAUCUCUCUUUGUUUCUAUCUUCUGGGUUGAUACCAGUAGACUGGGUUGGUUUUGAUAUGUGAUGGGGAAUCGCCAAAAUCUUGAAUUGAAACUUCCGAUUACUGCUACAGUUCAUUGGUUCUGCUUUAGAAGAUAGUCUCUGAUUGUCCAUUGUCAAUCACUUGUGUGUGUGUGUGUCUCACUUUGUUAAUCAUUCUGGGAAAUACGGAUUACAGGUAAUUUGUGUGUGUGCUCGAAUUUGUGAGCUUCCUUUCGUUCAUCAGAUAUCGCAAUGGGGAACGCCUCGUCUAUGCUAACUCAAUAUGAUAUAGAAGAAGUUCAGGAGCAUUGUCACAAGCUCUUCUCCCAACAAGAAAUAGUGUCAUUGUAUCAAAGGUUCUGCCAACUUGAUCGAAAUGCGAAAGGAUUUAUCUCGGCGGAUGAAUUCCUAUCGGUGCCUGAGUUUGCAAUGAAUCCACUUUCUCAGCGCCUUCUCAAAAUGGUGGACGGCUUGAACUUUAAGGACUUUGUAGCUUUCUUAUCUGCAUUUAGUUCGAAAGCCACUACAGAACAGAAAAUAGCAUUGAUUUUCAAAGUAUACGACUCGGAUGGAAAUGGAAAAGUCUCUUUCAACGACAUACUAAACGUGCUUCGUAAUUUAUCUGGUUCAUUCAUGUCAGAUGAGCAAAGAGAGCAAGUCCUGACCCAAGUUUUAAAAGAGGCAGGUUACACAAAGGAAUGUUACCUCUUGCUAGAUGACUUCAUUAAGGUAUUUGGGAAUUCAGGCUUAAAAAUGGAGGUUGAGGUUCCAGUUGAUUAAGUGAAAAGUGAACUCACCAUUCUAACUCAUCGCACCUGGGAACAAACAAGAUCGUGUGGCGGAUCUGUAGAUUGGAAGGAAAGACCAUACAGUUCUUUUUUUGCUUAUAUGUUUAUAGCUAUAGAGAGCAAUUGAAAGUACACAAAUAAAUGCUCUUAGCUUCUUCAUUCUUCUCAAUUUUGUGUACAGUCUUCCCUUCAUUUGUUUUACCAUCUGUAAUAGUAAAGUCGGCAGAAGUUUUGGAUUUUGGCAGUAAAUUGGAUC